AUGUCAUCAUCAUCAACUAGUUAUUUAUUAAAACCGGUCAAUGUUACAGAACAUUUAGAAAUUAUCAACAAGUAUGAAAGUGAAUCUUAUCCAGAAGAUGAGGCUGCCACUUAUGAAAAAUUAAAAUAUCGUCUCGAAAAUGCAAACUCUGUAUUUAGAGGAUAUUUUACUUCAUCAACUUGUUCCGAUGAUGAAGAAAAAUUAAUUGGAUUUGUUUGUGGAACUAAAACUCAAAACAAAAUUCUUACUCAUGAUACAAUGUCAGUUCACGAUCCAUCACCAAAUGCACGUACUCUAUGUAUUCACUCUGUGGUUAUUCAACAAGCAUAUAGAAAGAAAGGAUUAGGACUUGCCAUGUUAAAAUCAUAUUUACAAUAUUUGAAGGAUGAAAAUUUAUGUGAUAAAAUUCUCUUAUUGAGUAAAUCACAUUUAAUUCACUUUUAUGAAAGUGCUGGAUUUAUUUUGAAUGGUGAAUCUAAUGUUGUACAUGGUCAAGAAAAGUGGUAUGAAUUGGAAUAUAAAAUGAAUUAA